UUAUGUUUCUGGAUGAUUCGACUUUCUCACAUUUGUAUCAUCUUUCUCAUAUAUAUAUGUUCUACCUCUCUCAUCUUUAUUCAUCAUCUAUAAAAAUUCAUGCUACCCAUAUAUAUUUUCAUCUUCACCCCUAACACCCAGAUAUUUUUUUCAUCUUCACUCCUAAAACCGUAACAUUCAUCAUCUCUCUUUUUUUUCCUCCAAACUAUAUCUAUUUUAUAUUACCAUAAUGAAAAUAGCAGGACUACUCGUACCGAAAGUCGUACUACUACUAUUAUUAUUAUUAUUAUCGGUAAUAAUAGAAAACGGAGAGGCUGACAUAGGAGUAAACUGGGGAACCUACACCAUAGAAGGAAAACCACCCACGAAGGUGGUAGAACUUCUGAAACAAAACAACAUCUCAAAAGUCAAAUUGUUCGACGUCGAACCCAACAUUAUGAAUGCCUUAAAAGGAAGUGGCAUUGAUGUUAUGGUCGGGAUUCCAAACGGGAUGUUGUCUCUCCUCAGCUCUUCGCCUAAAGCGGCUCGCUCCUGGGUACGCCACAACCUCAUUGCGUACGUGUCUGCUAAGACGCCGACCAAUAUCAGAUAUGUAGCUGUUGGGAAUGAGCAUUUCCCCGGUAGCUAUUCGGGGAAAUUUCAAUCGUAUGUGUGCCAGCGCUUCUCAACCUACAGGAAGCGUUGGUUAAGGUAAAACUUUCCGACUCUAUCAAACUUGUUGUACCAUGCAACGCAGACGCGUAUGGUUCAACAGUUCCUUCUAGUAGAACUUUUAGGUCCGAGUUGAGGGAUAUAAUGACUCAGCUAGUAUUCGUAAAAAAGGUAAAUACUUCAAUUCAAAACUUACACCAUCUACAAGGUGGACAGGUCUCAGGUGCAAUUGGCGAAUAACACCUUGCAAGAGCAGCGAUGUAAAUAGGAAUUCGUAUGGCGGCUCAUCCACUUGAACCGAAUUAGUUUACUGUUUUCUUAAAGUUUUAAGGGUUCG